GCAGCAGUUGUCAAAAGCACAUUUUAACACUCCUCCAAUAUCCCCAAAUGCCCCAGCUUCAGCUGUCGAAUGCAGAACUCCCAAACAGAGGGGCCAGAAGUGUAACAGUGCUGUUUUGAGUAACUUUUUCCAAAAGAUGCCUAAAACAUCUCCCGCCAAAAAAAAACGGCACGAUACUUCUGAUUCUCAGUUAACUCGGCGGGGUAAAAUACAGACUGUACGCACCGACAAUGCAAAUGACGCUGACCUACAUUCAGCAACUGCACGACUUCCAGUGGUUGUGAAGGAAGAGCCGAAUGAUGAUGAUGAGGAGGAGUCAUCUAUCCAGAAUUUGAUGUCAGUCAAACAGGAGGCUGCAGGAGUCCCGCACAGUAUCAGCACCGGGCAUGCGAUGGCACAUUCCUCGUCACUAUCGAAAGACAUAAAGCCCGUAAUCAAAGUGGAGUGCCCUGUGUGCUCUGUAAGUGUGCCGCAACAGUUUAUCAACAAGCAUCUGGACACGUGUCUGACCAGUGGAGACAGGAAGGAAAGCAUGAGGAG